AUGUCCACUGUGCUACAAGCACAACAUGAAGAUUACAUAACUGCUCGUCAGAUUAUGGAUAAUCUUGAGGACAUGUUCGGUGGCCAAGCCGCUGAAAAACGUCGGGAAGCCCUUAGUAACCUUAUUAACUACAGACAGAAGGCUGGGUCUUCCAUAAAGGAACAUAUGCUGAAGGUGAUGGGCUAUUUGGCUGAAGUUCAGACCAAUGGGGCCGACAUCGAUGCUGAGUCUCAAUUGACCAUGAUCUUUGAGACUUUGUCGAAGGAGUAUAUUCCGUUUAGGGCAACGUUUAAUUUAAGCGCUAGACAGAAUAUAACCCUAACAGAGUUGAUGCAAGAACUCCAAAAGUUUGAGCGGAUGAUAAAGGGGUCAACAAUUGUGGAGGCCAACUUUGCUGAGGCCUCUUCUUCCAAACCCUCUUCAGGGAAUGGAAAGAAGUAG